AUGGCAGACCCUGUGACAUCUGAAGAUGAGAAGAACAAUGAUAGUGACGGGAAUGAGGAAGACGAUGAUAGUAGCGAUGCAGACGGCGAAGAUGAAGAGCAGGAGGACCAACAGCCUCUGAACAAUGAUGUUCCCCGGCAAGCUCUUUGCUCAACGAGAAAUCUCCCGGAACCAGAAUUUUCAAGUGACGAGAACUCAGAAGACGAUAAUAGUUUGAAGGACAGCUCCUCGGACGAGGAAUUGGAUGAUGAAGAGAUCUCGCACAAAGCACCCAUCAGUGGUUGUAAGUGGUCUCCGGGUUGCUGCAAGCAGAUGAGACGCAAAAUUUCAUCUGCGCUGACCGACGAUGCGAGAGACUUGUCUGUCUUUCACAAACCUAUUUGUCUAUCAAAAUUGGCAUGGUGA